UCCUUACCGCAAGACAAGUGGUGACAACGAGAUGUAGUUCAAAACAAUCGAGAAUAUUCUAUUCAAAGUUAUUUAAAAUAGAACAAAAGAGAAACCUUUUGUUUUGUUUAAAGUGCAUAUAAAAAACACAACAAAAAAAAAACAAAUCCCUCAGCGUCAGUGAAUCCAACUGAGAAAACCACCACAUUUCAUUGCCAUUGAUUUCGACUGAUUUUGCAGAAAUGCGGACAAACCGCAGCAAAUUAUUUUUGUAAAUAGAUAGCCAAACAUAUGGUUUGCUAAACCGGAAGGAGAUAUAACAACGUGCAGAAAAAUACCAAAAUAACAGAAGAAAAACAAACGAAAAAACUUUUGCUCAACACAAGGCGAGAAACUAGAUGCAUGCCCGUGAGCAAAUAUGUGUGUGCUGCCAUUAUUGUUGCUGUUUUUAACAUUGACAAAAUUCCAAAUGGAAUAAUAUGUUGAGUGUUUAAAUAAAGUUUUGCGGGACGAGUAACGAAAAUGACUUAAUAACUGCAAACUGUAAAGUUCAUACCCGAAAUAGUUUACAGUUAAACUUUGCUGGUGUUCAGUUUUUGUUGUGUUCUUUUGUGCUGGGGUGACAGUUUUUAUUCGAAUUCUUUGUUGUUGUUGUUAUUAUUUUACGGAAAUUAAAAACAAUUCUUUCGAUAAAAAGACACGGAAGUCGCGUAAUGUCAAACAAAAUGAAAAAUCAGGAGAAAGCCAAUCGGAUAACCGAAAUUGACGACCAUAUACGUCGCAACUUUGAAAUCAUAAAGCGUUUGGGCAAAGGCGCUUAUGGUAUCGUAUGGAAAGCGAUUGAUCGACGAACCAAACAGACGGUUGCUGUGAAGAAAAUUUUCGAUGCAUUUCGAAAUGAAACAGAUGCUCAACGAACGUUUCGCGAAAUUAUGCUGCUGCGGGCGUUGCGCAAUCAUCCCAACAUUAUUCAACUCUAUAGCAUACACAGAGCAACCAAUCACAUGGAUAUUUAUUUAUCGUUUGAGUUCAUGGAGAGUGAUUUGCAUAACGUGAUUAAAAGAGGAUCGAUAUUGAAAGAUAUACACAAACGUUAUGUCAUGUAUCAGGUAUUGAAUGCGACAAAUUUUAUCCAUUCGGGAAAUAUAAUUCAUCGUGAUUUAAAACCAAGCAAUAUAUUAGUGGACAGCAAGUGCAGAUGUAAGUUAGCGGAUUUUGGUUUGGCACGUUCAUUGUCACAAAAUCACCCGACGGUUGACUCGAAUGGCAAUGAGGAAGCAUGUUUAACGGAUUACGUAGCGACUCGCUGGUAUCGUGCGCCUGAAAUAUUGAUCGCAAACAAACAGUAUACGAAGGGCAUCGAUAUGUGGUCAUUGGGAUGUAUAUUAGGAGAAAUGUGCCGAGGCAAACCAAUUUUUCCUGGCAGCUGUACAAUCAAUCAGAUUGAGUGUAUUUUAUCGGCAUUGCCACAUCCAAGCGAAAGUGAUUUGAAGUCUGUUGGAAAUGGAUUUGGUUCGGCAUUAUUGAAUCAAUCAACAAAAUCAAUGAGCUCAAAUCCGAGCAUGGAAGAACUAUUGGCCGAUACACCAGCUGAUGCAAAGGAUUUGGUGAAAGCGCUACUCGUCAUGGAUCCAACAAAGCGACUCACAGCCAAACAAGCAAUGUGCCAUAGAUAUGUAGAAAAGUUUCGUAAUGCAUCGCCCGAAUCGGAGCUAAAAUCGGAUAUCAUUCCAUUAUUUCGAGAUGAUAUACAGCUAACGGUUUCCGAGUAUCGAUCAAAAUUGUAUGAAAUCAUGUCAACAACGGAACGAAAGAGAAAUUCCAUAUCAUCAUCGCCAAGUGGUGCCACUACCAAUUCAAAAUCAUCGCCAACGGAUAGCUUGCACAAGGUUUCGACAGCAGCAACAGUAACAUCAACAGCAUCAUCAUCAUCAAAUGGACGAAUGAUUUUGCCGAAAACGAUAACAGGCACUUCAUCAUCAAUAGCCGACAAAAAAAUGCCGACCAACGCAAGUUAUUCAUCACAAAUCAAAUGUCAAAACGAUGCCAAACAACAUCCAUCAUAUUCAAGUGUAUUUCAUCCAAAACCAAUAACGAAUUCGAAACCUACCUCAAUCAAUAGCACAACAACGUCGACAUCGUCUCUGCAACCAUCACGCCAAAUCAAUGGCUCUUAUACACGUUUGACCAAUAAAUUAAAUUGCUGCAAAAGUUGUAUACGUGAUUCGGACGAUGCGCUUCUAAAGAAGUGCGCAAAUGAUGUGUCAAUACCAAAAUUGAAAAACGACAUCAAAUAUCCAUCGCAAUUCAUCGAUUCGAAUGCAAAUUGUUGCUACGAAUCGGAACAACAAUCCAAGUAUAAACUAUCAAAUGAUGUGAGACGAUCAACAAUACCAGGCGCACUUCGUCGUCAUUCAAACGAUGCAAAUCAAAUACUACGCAAAUCAAAUUUCAAACGUUCACUCGACGAUGAUUCAAUCCAUGGCGGUGGCGGUGGUGAUUUCCGACAAAAUUCCUUUGAUAAUGUUAAAACCAUAACGAAUGUACGCCUGCUAAAGAAAUUAACACCAUCACCAACACGAAACGAACAUCAAAGUGAUUUUCAGCGUAACGGAAACGGAAAUUAUUUGUCGCAUUCAAUCAACAAUCAUCUGGCCGCAUCAAACGAUAACCGACGCUUAAUUAAGCAAAAAUCUCUGGAUGACUAUACCGAUGCAACGGCACGAUUACGGAAACUCGAAAUGAAAAUGCGCAAACAUAAAAUUGACGUUCUCAAAUAUGCAAACAACCAAGACCAAUCGACCAUUUAUGCCGAUCCAAAGAAAUUAUUAGCAUAUCCGCCAUCAAAUCAUUUCCGAAACAAAUUAGAACCGUUUGCACGUACGAAAGGCGAUUGUGUUUAUCCGAAAAUUGCAUACGAUUCGGUGCUACAAAGUAAACCGACGGUGUACCGUAGCAAAAAUGGUUCGAAUGGCGGCAGCUAUGGCAUUAUUACAUCAUCCGAACUCUAUAAACUGAGAGGAACACCCGAGCGCGUCACGUAAUUUCAUUUUCUAGUUUUUAUUUUUGCAAAUACUAAGCUCUUUGAUUAUAUUACCAAAACCAAAAUACACACACACAUAUAC